UAGAAGCUCUGAAUAGAACUGGCCCGAAGAAAAGAAAACCCUAAAACCCCCAAUUCCGCUCGCGGCGAGACAGGCGUCGCCGGGCCGCGCCGUACACCCUCUCCGCCGCUCUCCAGCUCCACGCCGGCCAUGGCGGACCCCUACCGCUCCUAUCUCCCUUCCUCCUCUUACGACAGAGUUCAACAGGGCAAUUAUCCUGGGUAUCCUCCAGCCGAGGACUAUUAUACUUCAAGAAUGGCAGCUCUGCGGGGAGUAUCAAGCAUUCCUAGAAGUGAUGUACCAGUACAAUCAAGAGCUUAUGGUUUGGAUGGUCCAACAGGAGUGAGUCAUCCUGCUCUAGCUGGCCUGGGUGCACUGCCUGCUGGAGCUAGGCCACUGGAAACUAGUCCUUUGGAACCACCUGCUGUAGCUAGGCCAAGGGGAGCUAGUCCUUUGGAAGACCAAGCUUUAGUCCGUAGAAGUUCUUCACUAGGCAGAACUGCUACUAUUCCAGAUAUUGAGCGUCCCAAUCCUGUUUUGAACAUUGAUCGGCCAUCAGAAGAUGAAUCCAACAUUCUUUUUGUUGAUGGUCUCCCUACUGAUUGCAAAAGGAGAGAAGUAGCUCAUUUGUUCCGUCCUUUCGUUGGCUUCAAGGACCUCAGACUAGUGCACAAGGAGCCCAGACGUAGUGGUGACAAGGCGUAUGUUCUGUGCUUUGUGGAGUUCAAUGAUGCAAAAUGUGCAUUUACUGCUAUGCAGGCUCUCCAAGAAUACCGCUUCGAUGAGAGGAAGCCUGACGCCCCGGUCCUCAAGAUCCAGUUCGCGAGGUUCCCUUUCCGUCUGCCUGCUGCACAUGAUGAUAGGAGACUCCCUAGCGCACGCUGAUUGCAAAUCGUCUACCAUUCCCUCGCUCGCUAGCAGUGUAUUCUAGGCCAUGGGGGCACCUUAGAUCAGCCUGUAGUGGUAAACCUGUAACAGCAUUUGCCGGGUUGAAGUUGGAUAUCAGCCUAGCAGGACAGUCUUUUAAUAAAACUUGGCACAUUCCUUUCA